AUGGGUUGCUUUAAAACUAAAGGUCUUAUUACUUUAGAAGUUAUCCUGUUCUUCGGAUAUAGAAAGUAAUUUAUUAAGUUCUUUAUUUCCCAAGACAACCUUGAAAUUUUCCUAGUCAUAUAGUAGAAUAGGAUUGGUUCCAACAUCUAAGAUGUCGUACUUUACGACAAGAAUAACUAUACCAAAAAUCAAAUUUAAUAUUAGGCCGAUAGUAGUAAUAUACCAACAAAAGUUUAGCACUAAUCCAGUUAUCAGGAAAAAUUCCAUUGUUAUGGUGAUUAGAUCACUGCUACAAAGGAAGCUGGACCAUAAAAUUACAUCAAACAACUUAGAAUGUAACUUAUUGAUAGCAAUGGCGAAUGGAGAUAAGUAAAACUUUUUGGAAAUCUGUAAGUUAAUACAAGCAGUAUAAUGUGA